AUUCAGUCACUGAAGGCACAUCACAUCACUUAAAUUUCUAGAGUUCAGGCUAGUAUGGGUGGACAGACAGGACUCUUUCUCUUUUGGCUUCACGUUUUUUGUGAAGUCGUGCUUGCUGAUGUUUGGAAGGUGGAUGUAGAGCAUAAAAUGGAGGCUCUGGUCUCGUCUUGUGUGGUGUUGCCUUGUAAAUUCACAUACCCUGCUCAGCAGCAGCCCUCUGAUCGUAUUAGAGGCAUAUGGCACAAAGAAAAAAAAUGGGAUGACAUCAUCUUUCAUGGAGACAAGACACUGGUUGAAGACAAUUUUAAAGGUCGCACAAAACUGAUUGGUUCACUUGGUGGUUCCAACUGCUCCUUGGAGAUUGAUGAAGUGAAAAACAUUGACAAUGGCCCGUAUUGCUUCAGGGUGGAAUUAGAAACAGCUCCAGAAGACAAGUACUCUUUUGCGGAAAACUGUGUGUCAAUUAAUAUGAUUGAGGAAGCACCAAAUCCUGUGGUGGAGGCUGAGACGUCUGUUCUUGAGGGGGAACCUGCAAUCUUCAAAUGCUCUGUCAGACACACCUGUCCGACCCACCAGCCCUCUCUCAGCUGGAACCACUCAGGAAAAAUCAUCUCGAGCUACAAGAGCUUGGGUCAUGGAAACUGGGAAGCAGAGUCUCUCCUGACCUUCACCCCAACAAAGGAGGACAGUCACACCUCUAUCGAAUGCACAGUCAAGUACCACGGGAAUGUCAAGGGUAAAAUGAAAGCCAGCCGUCCUGUCUUUGUGAAAGAAAAAGCAACUCUCAGUCACAUCAUCAUACCCGCCUUAUCUGGACUUGGAGCGGCUCUUUUGGUUGGAACUGUGUGUUUCCUUGUUGUCAAGCGAUAUAGGUUUCGCUCAGGCGAAGGUAGAAGUGAACUAGGUGGCAGAGAGCAGAGGAGGUCUAUUUGGAGUCGAUUUUCAAGGAGAGAUCAAAGGCAUCAGAUUGACAGGGGCUUUGACAAUAAGAGGAACUAUGCAGGGUUUGGAGACAAGGAGUUCUCCAAAGCUCGAAUGCCAUCACCAAAGAGUCAGAGCAAAUGUUACACUGCUGAAAGUUAUGAUGAUGAUGAUUACACCAACACGGCAGAUUUAAACUUGUAUGGAAAUAUCUGAAGAAAAUGCCACUUGCCAGACGAAGACUGUAGACUUCACACAGGCUAAGAUAGAGCAUGCAUUCCUGUUACAUAUAGUAUUGUGAUUCAUUUUACAGUCAGCCUAUCAUGGCUUAGACAUAGUAUACCAUAUUAAUAUAUGUAGUAAGCCAUAUUGAUAUAUGUCUAGAUUUUCAAGGCAAAAUAAUUAGCCCUCCUGUAAAAUUUAAAUAGUUUUAGAUUAAUUAAUUAAUUAAUUUGUUUUAUAUUAAAUUAUAUAUCAUGUAUAUGUAUGUUUGGCUGGAAUAAAGACAAUACAUAAAUAUUAACGUAUAAUAAAAGUAUAUCAAUAUUAAUAAAUAUAUAACAAUUUAAGAUUUUAAAAAAUCUAUCAUUUUAUAUUAUUGUUUUUGCAGACACAGUAAGACAAAGAACUGACAGACAAACAAAGCCCUCACGUAACAACAAUCUGUGUAAAAUUUAAACUAAAGAAUGAAACAAGGGCAAAUGGCGACAUACAAGAAACGUAUGGCCUACAAAACAACAUAGCAAAAGAGAGAGAAGAAAAUGUUCCAAUUUUUAGAAAUUAAGCAACAUUAUUAGGCUUUAUGUUGUGUUAGAAACAAAGACUGCAUUCCUCAUUUUAUCAUUAUAUCAAAUUGUACAGAGUUCUCAGAGGUGGUGUACUGUAUCUAAUUCUUUCCACAUAAAAAGUGAAGGUGAGUCCAUAGCCAGUCAGAAAAAUGGCAGUUAUGGCAAAAACAAAAUAAAUUACUUAUUAAAACUAUUAUUAAAAUUGAUUGAAAAAUAUCUCUGUUAAUCAGCACUGGGGAAAUAUUUGAAAAAGAAAAAAAAAUCACAAGCUAAUAAUAUUGUCUUCAACUGAAUAUAUAUCAUUGCGAAUGUUAUGCUAAAUAAUAAUGUUUUUUUUUUUUCUAAACAUAAUUUCUAAACAAAAUAGUUGUAAUAACUAACUUCCAAUAACUGUUUUUUUUAAAUCUUUGUCAUGAUGGCAGUAAAUUAUAUUUUACUAGAUAUUUUUCAAGAUAUUAGUAUUUAGCUAAAAUGACAUUUAAAGGCUUAACUAGAUUAACUAGGUUAACUAGGCAAGUUAGGGUAAUUAGGCAAGUUAUCGUAUAACAAUGGUUGUUGGUCGAACAAAAAUAUUGCUAGUAUAAGAGGGCUCAAAAUAUUGUCAUUGAUAUGGUUUAAAAAAUUAAACUGCUUUUAUUCUAGCCCAAAUAAAACAAAUAAGCCUUUCUCCAGAAGAAAAAAAAAAU